AUGAGUAUCGACAGCUUGAACGAAGAAGUCCUGAGAAGGCUGUCAAAGAUGUUGGACAACGCGACCUGUGGAUGGAGGCAGCUCGCCAGUGCUGUGUCUGAGGUGCCGAAAUUUUGCUACAGGUGAGACAUUGAAGGCAUCACAUACAAAUGUGGCAGUGUGUUUUUUUUUUCUUUCUUUCUUUCUAGUUUUGCUCUCUGAACUAUGAUAAAUCAUUUGAGCGUCAUAUUAAAGGGAUUUUUUAAGAAGUAAGGAAGUUUGUCCCUUCACAGUUGUGGACAUUUUUACCAAUACUCUCGGGUUUUCCCCUUGCACUUGCUGGCAUCUUUGGCUGUCAUCACCCCUACUGACGUUUCUCAUUGGUUCCCCCUCCCUGCAGUGAAAGAGAGCUGACCAGCUGCUCUCUCCAGGUGCUGAGCGCUGCAGGUAGCCCAGGGCGCACCCUCCUUGCCCGGCUGGCCGAUCGCUCCUGCUCACUUGACUUCCUGCUUCAUUGCUUGAGAAAGAUUGACCACCAGGAAGCUGUGCAGUAUCUCACCACCGUCGGUAAUGCAAAAGUGAUUUGUGCAACACAAAAGCAUAGUUAUAGGGAUGCAUUACAAAAAGUACAUAUCAUCUGUAUAAAUACAGUGAAGUUAAACUUGUUUCCCUACAUUGUUCAUUGUUGAGUAACUGCAGCAUUAUUAUGAUGUGACUAGAGAGGUCAAUGACACUCCUACCUCUUGAUCAUAGCGCUUUAAUCUGCAGGAUUUAAGGAGUAUUGGUUUUAGUGCUUAGAAGUAGUUACUUUAAAUGUGGAGGUAUGACAAAUGUACAGUAUAACAUCUUCAAGGUCAAAAUGUGCAUGUUUCAAUUCAGAUUUAUUGCUUUCACUACAUAAGAUAAGACUGUUAUAGGUGUUUUCAAUGGUAGUGAGUGGUGAGUUUGUACUUUUAACUUUGUCCCUAGGUCUGAGAUCAUUUUGAUUAUCAGUCUCAUGUUCAAGACUUGUUGUAGAGUGUGCUCGUGUGUUGUGUGUGUGCAUUUGUGUGUAGUGGCACAGCUAAUACAGAUCACAGUGCAGCCUCAGUCCCAGCAGGCCACACUUGGAGGACGGGUUGUACUGAUAUGCAGAGCCACAGGUCCUCCUGGACUCAGCUACCAGUGGUUCAAAGGCAAAGAAGAGGUCAGUCUAACAGCUUUUUUUUUAUUCUGCCCCUUUUGUGUUCAUUUUAUUGUUGCAAUGGAAUUGAGGCACAUACUUACUUGUGUUCAUAGUUUUUUUUUCUCCUGUUGCAGCUACUCAGUAUUUACUUGUUUCAUGUUUAAGAUAUUGGACGAGACAGGAUCUACACCAGAGCUGAUUCUGUGUCCCCUAGCCCAAGUCCACCAGGGUCACUACAUCUGUAGGGUCAACCAUGGAGAAAACGUUGUCUUCUCUCAGUGGGCUCAAGUUCGCUGCAUCGUCUCUGCAGGUAUCCGCUCUUGCCUCCGCCUCUUCUGGAUCUUCUUCUCUUUUUGUUUUAUAAUGUGAUUUAAUGUCCCACUAAGCCUCGCAAUCUCAGGCUGCAGCAGCAGUCUGUUUCCAGGUGCAGAGAGUGGGCUGCGCAUCACCCGUCAGCCUCAGUCUCAGGCCGUGUCGGAGGGUGACACUCUUCUUCUGGAGUGUCAUGCAGAGGCUAACCCUCCUGCUCAAUAUGAGUGGUACCACAACACCAUACCCUUGAAACAAUCGAAGACGCAAACACUCAAGGUAGGUUUUUUAAUUGUGUCUGCUGUUAGCUGCUUAUCUUUAGGAUUUAAUAAUGAUGUACUGAAUGUCCUCUUGGCUCACAGGUUGUAUCUGACAUGAGCAAAAGUUUAUAGCAUGGUCAUUUCAAACCAAAUGAAAAUCAGAAAAAGAUUAAAAAGACAUUCACUCACAUUGUUUAGAUGUCAAGGUUUAAAACAAUAAAGAAGGCAAGCCCACACUCUUACUUGAUGCCACAAAAGUUUAUUAAUCACAACUUUUGAAGUACCAUCCCUUCUCACAUGAUACAUUUUUGAUGAUAGUACUUUUCUUGCUGCAGUAAUUGCCCUGCACUAUCGUGGUGUGUAAAUAUUCAUUCUCUUGAUACCUAUGAGAAACAAAUACAUAAAUGCCAUGUGAGUUUACUUGUGUCCUAUUCUUGUUUCUCCUGUAGAUCCCAUGUGUGACCACAGCCAACAGAGGACAGUAUAGAUGCAAGGUGCUCAAUUUGUAUCAUACAGCCUGGAGCGACACAGCAACAGUAACCAUUGGUAAGGCUCAGGCACAUUUUUCAACUAUGUAGAAAUAAGAGCUUGAAAAACUGAACUCAAAUGGUGCACAUUUAUAGACUCUCAAUCGCGCUUGAACAACCCUGUGCAGGGGUUAACAUCUCGUUCUGCAAUUUUAUGCAGGCCCAAGCUCCAUUACUGAGACAUCCUGGGUAGAAGUUGAUCGUGGACCAGGUAUUUUUGAAAUGUUCUGUUAACAUAUUCAGGAGGAAAUGGGGUAACUUCACAUGAUGGUAGUUCCUUGUUCUGCUUCGCAUCAUGGCUUUACACAGUUUUGUGUGUACAGAAAUAGGAAUUAAGACUAUCAUUUAGUUCUACUUUUUUUUGGUCACAUGCAGCAACACGUCUACUGCUAUAGUGAUUUACUAUUGUGUUUAUCAUGUUGCAAUUUCCAGGCAAUAAAAAAGACAAGAUUUUUAAAAUCCUUAAAAUGUAAGAUCAAACUGCUUGUGAUUAUUUAUAUUUCGGUUGUAAUGUAUGUGUACUUUGCUGCUAGACUCACAAGAAAUCCAUAGAUCAGGAGUGGGACCAUACCCACUACAGCAGAUGUCCAAAUCAACAUCAACCAAACAUUUCUAUGGUGAGUUUGCCCUCAAAAAUAAUGUGUGUGCAAUACACUGUGGAUUAAAUGAUGUAGACUGAAAAUAGACAGGUAAUUUUUUGAUGUUAAUGUUCCUGCUUUGUUGCUUUUCAUCCUUACCCCACAGCAACAGACAAAGUUGCUCUCCUGAUUGGCAACAUGAACUAUGUCUACCAUACUCAGCUGUGUGCUCCCAUUGCUGAUGUCCAUGAGUUGAGCAACCUCCUCAGACAAAUGAACUUUAAGGUGGUUUCUCUGCUCGACCUCAACUGGCAGGAGAUGCACAGCGCUGUUACAGAGUUCCUGUUGCUGCUUGAUAAAGGAGUUUAUGGUCAGUCUUUGGUUCAUCCAGACUACAUGUGUAAUAUGUUUAAAAUACUCUGUCUGUUAAUAAUGUGGGUAUUCUGAUUAAAGAGGCUUUCAUUAACAAAAUAAAAUGUCAUGCAAAACUUAAAAGACAAUUUUAAACAAGUUAUUACUCACCAAUCAAACAUGAAGUUCUUUUCUAUACUUUUUAUGCCAGGUUACUAAAACUCCUCCUCUUUUCCCCAGGCUUGUUGUACUUUGCUGGUCACGGUUAUGAGAAUUUCGGCAACAGUUUCAUGGUCCCUAUCGAUGCACCGGCCUCAUACACAUCAGAGCACUGUUUGUGUGUGCAGAACAUACUGACCAGGAUGCAGGAGAAAGAGACUGGACUUAAUGUAUUCCUCCUGGACAUGUGCCGCAAAAGGUGGGAGAUUUUUUUCUUAAUCAAUGAAGUGAUGACAGAACUUAGUUUUACAUUACAUAUGCAUAUUUAUGUGUCUCAUGAUUUCUUUGAAGAAACCCAAAUGAUGAUGUCAUUGUACAGCCAGGACUGCUUAAGGUGACGGCCAAUAUAGUGUUUGGAUACGCUACGUAAGUUCUCUGUUAUCUGACAAAUAGAUUAUUUAGCUCAUCUGUUAUCAUCAUUCCUGUCAUCAACACACGUCUGAAUGAAACUCCUUGGUUCAGGCUUAAAGGCCCAACAUUAUGAGUAUUUUCUUGUGUUUAGAUGCGUAGACGCAGAGGCCUAUGAAGUGAAGAGAAAAGAUGUGUCAAAUGGCAUCUUCAUCAGUUUCCUCAAGAAAAGGGUCUGUGAAGACGAGAAGGUCACAGUCAUGCUGGACAGAGUCGCUGAAGGUAUGAGGAUAUCUAUUUAUCUCUAUUUCAUUCUUGCGUUAACUAACUGGUCAUGCAAUAAACCAUUGAGAGUUAUGGUUACAUCUGCUUAUUAUCUUAAAUGUCUCAGUAUAUUCAAAGGGGACAGUGAAUUUUCUUCUAGCUUUUAAUACUGUUUUACUGUGGUCAUGAUAAAUUAUACAACUUCACAUCUACUGGUGAUUUACUUCUGCUUAUUUGAGUAACAUCUCUCUCUUUUUUAAUCAGAUCACUUAAACUGUGCUGAACAUGCACAGUUAUAACUUUUUCCUACCAAAUGCUGUUGGCCCUAUUGUUCUACAAAUCCAACAUGUUUUACUCUUAAAGUUCUAGGACAUUUUAAUUGUUAGCUGACUCAGGAAUGUGUUUUUGAUACACCCAGCAACAUCUUUGUUGUUAUUUGUUUGGCCUGUGUUCUUCGAGUGAUGACAGCCAAAUUAUCUUUUAUAAGAAGCUUGUAUUGAACCGCCUUUUGUACUUCCGACAGGUGAUGGGCCGCACCUGUUGUGACACUCCAUUGGCUCUAUCCAGUUUCAUCUCUCUUCCACAGCACCGUUGUUUUAUGCAUACUUAAUAUUUGAGUACUGUUAUUCCUCUCCAGAUAUGGGUCAUUGUAAGAUCACCAAAGGGAGACAGGCUCUGGAGCUGCGCAGUAAUCUGUCAGAGCGACGUUCUCUCACCGACCACAUACAGACCUUUGAGUGUUCAGCCUCCCAGUCGGCUCGAAACCUGCAGUGGGCUGUUGCUCAUGGUAUUGUUUUUGUGAAAACAUAAGCCCAAGUUGUCAUUGUUUCAAAUAUGCACGAUUGUUGCAGAUUGUCUCAUUUAUUAUUGACACAAAACAAUGAGGCACAUCUUAUUUGGUUCUUUUGAAAUUUUUAUUAUUGUAGAUCUACCAGAGAGCCGGUGCUUGCAGUUUGAAUGUGGAGUAAAGGUGCAGCUCGGGUUUGCAGGAGAGUUCUCCAAUAUCAUGGUCAUCUACACUCGGAUUCUUGAGCAGCCCAAAGAAAUCGUUUCCUGCUCUGCUCAGCUUACUGACUUCCCAGAGGUUUGUAAACAGAAAAGAAAACACAGAUUUUAAAAUCACAACAGCACAAACUCACAGUAAACCACCUUCUGAGCAGAUGUUUAUUAUUAUGGAUAUGUGCCUACUGUAUUUUUUUUGAUUUGGCAGGAUGUUGACAUUGAUCUGAAGAAGAGUAACCAGGAGACUCUUCUUGAAGCUGGAAGUUGUAUGUUGAUUGACGACAGUCCAGCUUCACCAGAGGCGCCAAGUCUAUACACACGUGUCCAAAGCCUGCAGAGACUCAGGGUCAGGCUCUUGUUAUUGUUUUUUAUGAUAAGUUUGUCCUAUAUCUGUUUGAAGAGAAGCCUGCUAAAUGUCAAAAUUCAAUAUUCUAUCAUGUAUCAUUGAAACAGCAACAGUCUUAAGCGUUGGAGCUUAUAUUAUAGACAUAGAUUUUAUUUAAAAAAAAAAACUUUUGCUGUCUUUACAGGGGGAGCUCACAUUCACCAUCUGCCUCCAUUACACCUAUGCCAACAUGGAUGACGAAGUACAGGAAAGGCAGUCGGUGACGAUUGGUAAACCACUGGUCUCCAAACUCAACCUGCAUAAACUGCGACCACCUUGUGCGUCUUCCUACUCAUCCUUCAGCUAUGACUCCUUCAACCCUUCUGAGUGCUCUUCUCUUUCGUCAGAUGCAUGGUCGUAUAAAUCAAAAGCUGACUUAUCCAGAAGUGUGAAUGUACCAGAGGAGACUGACGGUUCUGAAUUUUUUGAUGCGCCUAAACCUCUUGUCGCUAGCAAAAGUUUACCUCUCAGCCAAGCGAGUGAAACAAACUACAAAUUCAGUGAUAUGUAUGGUUUUCAUUCUCAUUGA